AUGGUUCACCAGAAGAUAGAUCAUCAGUUUUCCGAUUCUCGAUUCGAGUGGGAUUCAAAAGAGAACCUUCAACCAUGCAUCAAGCUUUCGUUCUUCUUCAAGAAGCUACCCAACGUUGACGAUGACCAUUUCCAAAUGCAUUACAACCACGUCCAUGCGGACCUUACUGUAGCCUCAAAACAGUUUGAUGUUGUCAAGAUACAGAGAUAUGUUCAGACAUAUCAAACACCCGAGAUGAAAGAAAAGAUCAAGAGUCUUGGAAUGGAGGUAUUAGACUACGAUGCAUGUUCUCAAAUCUGGGUCAAAGAUUGGGAUGCAUGGGAGAGGUUUAGUACAAGCCCAGAAUAUGCUGCUGCUUUGCUACCUGAUGCUGACCACUUCAUGGAUUACAAGACAAGUGGAAUUAAAUGUUUUGCUGGACACGAUAUGAUUGCAUUUGGGAAAGCAAUCCCGGAUUGCGAUGUGAAAGACGGGAUUACGCGGGGUAACAAGAGCCUGGCUCGUGAUUCAGGAAACUUCUCAACUUGA